CGUUACUUUAUGUGAGCCCAGAGUGCCUCACAGUUAACCCUGACUAGAAACAAGAGCUAUGUCCAAACUGUGCUUCCGUGCCAAGUUUUAAAGAGUAGAAAAAGACCAUAGUGGGAUGUAGCUGCUACUCUCUUGGGAAUAUUGUUCAAAGACUUCAUAGAUGUUUCUUGUUAGUUGAGAUCCCAAUUUCAGUCAAUCAUCAGAUUAUUGUUAAAUUUGCCAUCAAAAUCUGAAAUAAUUAGCCAAUACUUGACACGAAGACAUCCAAAACUACUCAAGGCUGACACUGAAACUAUAACUACAACUAACAAGGUCCAGGCGCUGGGCAUGACACAAAAGGGCAAUCUGACAAGGCAGAGAAAAAGGGUGUGAUUGGCUUACUCAACUUACAACAUACACAAUGAAGAAACAAACCACAGAUUAGUCAGAGGCAAAGCAAAACAUCAUAAUCAAAAAGCACAAUAAGGCUGAGUGAAAACAACGAAUGUAAAUAAACUCUGUCUGAAAAGGGAUGAAACUAAAAAAAAAAAAAACCUGACCAAAUACAAACUUGAUCUUUAGGCCCCGGUGAAACUGAUAACAGGAACAAUGUAGAUGGUGAGCAACCCUCCAGAAUUUUGACCAGCGGAAUGAAAAAAUAUUUUCUUAGGAUUCAGAUGAUAACACUGUGUUCUGCUAACAAUUGGGCCAGUCAGUACUGACAAAGCAUCAUGUUGUCUGGUUUUUGAACCAGCGUGAUAAGAAGUGAUCGCUUUAAUUGGGAAGAAUAUUUGCUCACUUGUAUCCAUCAUGUCUGAAGUGGGAAAUACACAUUGUAAAUUAUGCUGUAUAUUUUUAAGAGGAAGUCAACACCAUUUUUCUUUCAAGAACAUUCUUGUAUGUGGGGUGGUAUGGUGGCGCAGAUGUAUAGUGUCGGCGUCAUAGUUCUGAGGGCCGGGUUCAAAUCCUGGGCGCACCUGUAUCCAGUUUGCAUGUUCACCCCGUGCCUCAACCAUGAAAAGAUAGAUUAAGGGUUAAGGAAGAAGCAGGGUGUUAAAGAAAGAGGAUGCUGGUGAAAAUUAAAAGGGAAAGUGUGGAUAUUUGCAAACAAGAUCCCGGCUUCAUUCAUUUGAACACACAUUCUGGUUACACUGUUUGCUAUUUCAUGCGCAGGUACACAAUACCUUAUGAAUAUUGGUUAGUAUAUAUGUAAAACAACAUUUGAUGCCUUACAUGCGUAUUAUGUGGGUUGAGCCAAGGCAAUGCGGUGCGGCGUGGCUCGCAAACCCACAAAUGUAUUUUCGCUAUAGGGUAAAGCUUCUGUGCAAUUUGAUUGAAUGUUAUCUGGAAUGCAAAGAUACCGUAAACCGGAGAUUAUAAUUUUGAAUUGGGUCAAAACCAGUGGACGACUAAUUGACCGCUCAAAGAAACAGUUGCCAAACCACGCACACUGCGCCCUAGUUCAAAGAGCGAGUUUGGCAGCGGUUCUUGGUGUGUCACAAUAACCACCUAAUCCUAACCUUAACUCAUGCCUUAAAUGCCUAACCCCAACUCUAGUCCUAAUCCUAACCAUAAUAAAGGUCUUUGGCUAUUUUUUUUUUCAAGUGUAUUUGUGCUGGGUGGCACGGUAGGCAACUGGUCACUACAUUGCAUCACAGUUCUGAGGACCGCGGUUCAAAUCCGUGUGGAGUUUGCAGGUUCUCUCAUGCCUGCAUGGGUUUUCUUCGGGUAAUCUGGUUUCCUCCAACUUCCCCAAACCAUGUGUGAUAGAGUGAUUGAAGACGCUAAAUUCCCCAUAGGUGCAAAUGGUUGUUUGUUCAUUUGUGCCCUGGAAUUAGCUAGUGAACAGUUCAGAGUGUACCCCGCCUCUCUCGAUAGGCUGCAGCACGCCUCUGACCCUUGUGAGGAAAAGCAGCACUGAAAAUGGUUGAUUUGAUUACAUUUGGGACGGACAUCUUGUUUCACCUGCAUACCCUUCACGCGACGCAGGAGUCAACCAUGUUGAGGCGGGGGUAGGUCUUCCCGAGAAAGGGUGUAGGAUUUUUAAGAACAUCUGUGAAAUGGGACAUUGCAUUACCAGGUUGUCUCAAUUAUAAUUUGUUUCGUCUUUUGUACAAUAAUUUCCGUUUUUAGUUAAAUAAUACAUUUGUUUUCUGUAAUGUAAAAGUGGUUCAUUUUCUGCCCAUUCCUUUGCUCAAAUGUAAAAGUGUUUCACAAAUUGCUGCAUUUUUUUGCACUUCCAGGCCACCAUACUGCAAUGAUCAGAAUGCCGUCUGUAGACUAGUAGGGGCACAAUAAACAUACUUUUGAAACAAAAACUGUUCACUUCCUCUUAAAAUGUGAGUAACCCCACAGACGAUGAGAAGAAAAAUUGUUCAUUUCUCUGAUAAUGUGUGGCGUGAUAUCCUUGAGCUGACAAGAACGGACACCACAUAUGAUGAUAUAUACGCUCUACCAACAGUACCGCCCAGCCAGCAGUGACCAAUACAGUAUUACAGUGUUGGUGCUUGCGUCCUCUGGUGGUAUGAUGAUAUGCAAAGCCACGGAGACAUACAGACAAGUCUUCAUAUACAUUUGGAAUUUGGAAUGGGGAUCACAAACCACAUUCAAUGUGGAGCCCAGAUAUUUACAGAGCGCAUACGUAUUUAAAUAUCAAUGUAUGCAUUUGCCAAUCUAUCGAAACACCUAUGAAUGUACAUAUUUGUAGAUUUAGUUUGCAGAUUUUUGUCAAUCUGGUUCCGGACAGAAUUUUUUUUUUUUUUUUUUUUUGCACAUUUGUGGAGUGCAAUGCAUAUUUGCAAACAUUUUUGAUACAAUAAUGGCGCCAUAGGCAAGUUUUGUGAAAGACGUUGUAUCAGAUAUAUUUUUUUUUUCGAUUGUGCCAAUGCACUUCAUUAAAAAGCGUGAGGGUGAUAAAUGUCCGUAAUCGAGCAGCUCUUUUGUUUGAAGAAUUUGCAUUUCAGCCCACGUCACUAAUAUGGUCUAAUAGGUUUUCAACCAUAUUUGUGUUUUACUUCAUUUCCAGGGAUCAAACUAACUUUGAUCUGGACCAGAGGACCGGACUACAAAUGCGAGUACAACUUUAGCCUCUUUGCAAGUGGACCGAGACCCAUCUCUUCAAGUGGUCUUGGUCCACUUGGGUUUGGUUGUAUUGUAGAUGACAGGAUUGCAUUUAUUCCCACAAGAAUGACAGCAAUCUCAGAUGUUUCACUGAAAGACACACAAAAAAGUCUCAAAGUACUCAAUGCACAUAUCAUUUUACGUGUUUGUCAACCUUCUUAGAAAUAUGUGGCAAGCAACUGGUGGCAUGUGAUCUGAUGGCUACCAUGAACCAUAAAUAGACAUGACAAGACAAUACGUGCCCGGGAAACUUCUUCCUUAUCAGGUAUGGCAGUAGCUUGAGGGCUGAAGAAUAAAAUGACAAACGCGGGUGAUCAGAAAGGAAUCAUUAUUAUAUAUCACAGCAUUAACUAGCAGGGAGCUUGUCGGGACCAUUAUUUCAGAAGCACACAUGUAAGAUUUCAUCUUAUUUUUAUAAUUAUGUGGCUCAUAAGUGUGAAAUUGAGUGUGAAUGAUUGUUUGUUACUAUGUGCCCUGUGAGUGGCUGGCAACCAGUUCAGACUUCACCGCCUUCCGUCCGAAGAUACCUGUGAUGGGCCCCAGCAUGCCAACGACCCUGCACCUUCAGUGCAGGGGGAACACAACACAAUCGCAGAGGAAACAUGAGCUCCUUCACCUUCUGCAUUGUACUGAGCCUGGCGGUUCCAGUUUUCAAUCUUCCACUAUCCGAAAUUACUACCCAAGAUGAAAGCUUGGCAAAGGGCUAUCUGAAAGCGUUCUUCAACCUAACGGAGGAAAGUGGGCCUUCUUCCAGACGUGGGAUCAGUCAGCUCAGCAAGAGGCUGAGUGAAAUGCAGAGAUUCUACGGUUUACAAAUCACAGGAACACUGGAUGAUGAAACAUUGGAGAUGAUGAAGAAGCCCCGCUGCGGUGUUCCAGAUAAUUACCUCGCCCGUUUCUCCACGUUUGGAAAUAACCUCAAAUGGCAGAAAAAUAGACUGACAUACAGGAUAGAAAACUACACACCAGACAUGUCCCGGUCAGAAGUCGAUGACUCUAUUGAAAAAGCCUUGAAUGUUUGGGCCAAAGUUACUCCUCUUAAAUUCACUAAAAUUGACAGUGGUACAGCAGACAUCAUGAUUUCAUUUGGUCGCAUGUCCCACGGCGAUUAUUAUCCCUUCGACGGCCGCGAUGGAACGCUGGCCCAUGCCUUCGCUCCAUCUUCUGGCAUUGGAGGAGAUGCUCAUUUUGACGAGGAUGAGACCUUUACAUUCCGAUCAAAUUCUGGAUACGUCCUUUUCAUGGUAGCAGCUCAUGAGUUUGGUCACUCCCUGGGCUUGACCCAUUCUGAUGACCCCGGUGCCCUCAUGUAUCCCACGUACUCGUAUAGAAAUGCUGACACUUUUGUCCUGCCUCAGGAUGAUGUCAAAGGGAUACAAUCUUUAUAUGGCCCAAACAAAGAUUCUCGGCCAGGACCUCCGCCUCCCACCACUCCAGAUGCUUGUGACUCAACCAUGGUGCUCGAUGCUGUGGCCACCCUCCGAGGAGAGAUGUUCUUCUUCAAGGACAGUUUCUUCUGGCGAAGCUACACUCACAGCACGUCACCCCAGCAGAGUCGCAUUUCAAACUUUUGGCCCAGCGCUCCAGUCAAAAUUGACGGUGCUUACGAGAACCAACAUUCUGACAGAUUCUAUAUCUUUAAAGAUCAGCAAGUGUGGGCUUUCUCUGGCUACAAUCUCGUCCGAGGUUAUCCCCAAAGACUCACUACAUUUGGCUUGCCCAGAAGUGUGAGAAAAAUUGAUGCAGCUUUCUAUGAUGAGGGAACAAGGAAGACCAUUUUUUUUGUUGGCAGGUAUUAUUACAGUUUCGAUGAGUCCAGAAAGAGCGUGGACUACGGAUUCCCCAAACGUAUCGAACAGACCUUUACUGGUCUGAGGGAGGUGACGGCAGCUUUCCAGUACAGAGGAUUUACCUACAUCUACAGUGGACCUUACAUGCUUGAGUAUGACUUGGCGACCGGAAGAUUGUUCCGUGUACUGAGGAACAGAUAUUUCUUGCGUUUCUCUACCUACAACAGGAUAAUCAUCAUGGAAGGUCCUUUAGUUCUCAAAGUAUUGUUGAUAAUGAUGACAAUCUCACUCUGUGGAGCUCCACCGACGAUCCUAACCAGCGAUGAAGAUCUUGCUAAAGCUCAGGAUUACCUUUCUCAAUAUUUCUCUGAAGUGGGGGUCACUACUGGUAGCGAAAUAUGGCGCGGCGGUCUUGAUUCCUUUACAGACACUCUGAAAGUAAUGCAAGAGUUUUAUGGGCUGGAGGCGACGGGACAGUUGGACUCCAACACUAUGGAAGUGAUGUCACAACCUCGAUGUGGUUUCACAGACUUGAAUAGAUUCAAGUAUGCCCACUUUGAUGGGCAACCGAAGUGGAACAAGAAGGUGAUCACAUACAGGAUAACUGAAUAUACCCCAGACUUGCGUCAAAGUCUCGUAGAUGCCACACUUGCCAAGGCCCUACAGGUCUACAGUGAUGUCAUUCCUUUGGAUUUCAAGCAGAUUCAAACUGGGACUGCAGACAUAAUGAUCAAGUUCAAGGCUCGUAAUCAUGAGGAUUUUGCACCGUUUGAUGGAGAAGGUGGGGUCUUGGCUCAUGCCUUUUCCCCUGGUGGGGGCAGAGGAGGUGACACCCAUUUUGAUGAAGAUGAAACCUGGAGUCUUACCUCAUCAGGAACCAACCUGUUUUUGGUAGCAGCCCAUGAGUUUGGACAUGCACUUGGAUUAUCCCACUCAAAACUCCAAUCAGCUCUCAUGUACCCCAACUACAAGUAUGUGAACACAGACGGCUAUGUGCUACCAGACGAUGACCGACGGGGAGUGCAGGCACUAUACGGAGUCAGAUCAUCAACUCGGCCAACAAUAGACCCUGCACCAAAACCUGAACCUGAACCUGAACCAGAGCCUGAACCUGCGCCAGAUCCAGACAGGUGUAGCCGCAAUUUAGUUUUUGAUGCAGCAACUUCCAUACAGGGUUAUCUUUAUUUCUUCAAAGGCAGCCAUUUUUGGAAGAGGAGCACCAACUGGGAUGGCAUCACCAUGAGGACAAUUAAUGCUGUCUGGUCUGGAAUCAACAAAGUUGACGCUGCUUAUGAGUACAAGACCCGCAACGCGGUUGUUUUAUUUGAAGGGGACCACUACUGGCAAGUUAGAAGAAACACUGUCUUACCUGGCUUUCCCAAACCCAUCAGCGACUUUGGCUUGCCUUCAUCCGUCACUAAAAUAGAUGCCGCAGUCCACGUCCCAUUCAUAGGAAGAACCCUGUUUUUUGUAGGGAACAAAUACUGGAGCUACAAUGAAAGGAGGGGCAGAAUGGAUCGUAGGAACCCAAGAAUGAUUCGCACAGAGCUCCCAGGGAUUGGCUACAGAGUUGAUGCUGCGUUUGAGUACAGAGGUUACCUGUAUUUUUCGUAUGGAUCCAGGCAGACGAAAUACAAUUACAUCAGAAGAAGAGCAGUCCGCACGCUGAUAAGCAGUGACUGGAUGGACUGUGACUGAACAGUCGGCUAACUCUCCCAUCUCCAUGAGCAUUGAAUUGCAGUUUUAAUCGUUUGGUUCAGGUCUUUAUUACUCAUCCAGCAGGUCACAAGGGAUUUAGCUUCUUAGAAAAGUAUCACCAGAUGGUAGCUAUCAGCAGCGGCGAAAAAUCACCCAAUUUACAGAACUGGUGUUAUUUCAUCUAUACUAUAACUUUGGAAGUCAGUUACAACAUGUAUGUGAUCAGUUCUUUUUCUUUC